AUGGAGAAGCAGGUGGAACAACAAGCUGGGCCCACCACUUCUAAAUGCAGCAGGCCCAACCCUGCUGCCAAAGGUGAUGGAGUGGGGUGUCCAACUAAGGGAAAGCGCCCCAGAGUCAGCAAGGUCUCUAUGGCAGAUGAGAAACUUGCUGAAAGACGCCAGAAAGCACUUGAAAAGCAAUUUCAAAAAGCCCAAGCUGCUCAGCAGCAACAACAGGCAGGCCCAAGUCCCAGGGAUGUUGAGGCAGGGCUUUCCCUUCCCACCCUCCAGCCAGAGGUCUCCCCCUCUUUGCAUGCUGAGGAGGAUUUUGGAUUUUCUCCCAAUCCUUCUAGGGCCUCCAUGGGGUCCCCCUGCCACUAUCUGGUUGAGGAUUCCCUUGAUGACGGUGACUCCCUUGCUGGGGAAGAAUCCUUGGCUCCUUCUGAAGCUGAGCUAGCCCUGCCUCAGGCCCAGGAAUCCCAAUUGUCCAAAUCCAUGCAGGAUGUGGUGGCACGUGCAAUCUCUCAGGGUAUUUCAGAUGGAAUCCAGCAGUUGGCCUCUAAAUUACCCUUUGCCACUGCUAUUGCCUCUACUCCCAUAGCUUUUGGCAGUUCCAACAAGAAUCGUGCCAUUCUACCUCAGGAGCCCCCAGCUAGGGAGGCUUCCCCGGCCCCUACUGGGAUCAGUGAGGUAUCCGAUGGGGAGGAGAUGGAGCAAGAUGCUCUGGACUUCUCAGAGGAUGAGAAUUCUGCACCCGAGGCGCCUGUCUCUUCGGGUCUCUUCAACCCCUCCAUGUUUAAGGCUAUCCUAACCAAGGCUAGGGCGGCGGCACCCCAGAUGGGUCUGCUGGCUCAGCAGAGAAAGUCCCUUCAGCUCAGGUCCAAGGACAAGCGCAAGAUUCUGCCCCUAGUCACCAAGAAGCCGGACCCGCAUAGCAAGUUCCUGAGAUUCCAGUUUGCCAACCAGCACUUCCAGUACAGGGCCCUCCCCUUCAGGCUCUCAUCGGCACCUCGGACCUUCACCAAGCUGCUAGCCGCCAUUGCUGCGCAUCUGCGAUCCAUCCCGGUAAGACUGGAAUGCUACCUGGACAACAUCCUAAAACACUCAUCAUCCAGGGGGCAGGCCCAGAGAGACCUGGACACCACCAUCCGAGUCCUCCAACUACACCGGUUCUCGGUCAACCUCGCCAAGAGCCAUCUGACCCCGACCUGUAGAAUUCAACACCUCGGCACGGUGAUCGAUUCCAGGGACUGCAAAGUCUUCUUCAAGCAGGAGAGAAUAGACAGCAUCAGAUCCCUGGUGAGGUCCAUCCGAUCGACGGGGUCAGUGCCGUUAGUUUCCCCCUCUCAGUUGUUGGGGAAACUCGUGUUGUGCAUUUCAGUGAUUCCGUGGGCACGACUGCAUACGCGAGAGCUCCAAUGGUUUCUGCUGCCGCUCCAGAGGCGCAAAGCCAGCAACUCCAGGAGGAGGGUGCAUCUACCUCCAAAGGUCCUACGAUCCCUCAGGUGGUGGCAGACGGACACACUUCUGAAGGGCUGCUGCUUCAAGGAGCCGGAGCGCCUGGUCAUAAUGACAGAUGCCAGCCUCUUCGGCUGGAGCACUCACCUCCAGACUCAGGUGGUCCAGGGCCGGUGGUCACAGACGGAGCUUGCUCACAACAUCAACUGGCUGGAGCUCCGGGCCACCAGACUAGCCAUGUGCCAUUUCCGCAGUCAGAUUGAGGGCCAUGACAUGCUGAUCCUAACAGACCACAUCGCCACAAAGGCGCACAUCAACCAUCAGGGCGCUUUAUUACGAACUAUUUUGAAGGAAACAAAAAUCCCUAUUCUUGUAAUUAUAUUCCUGGUUGGACUUAUUCUUGGAAUAUUAGCCCAUUUUUCACAAGAGUUGCCUUUUGUGAAAACUGUCGCAAAUAUAGAUCCGAUACUUUUUCUUCAUUUAUUUACACCAAUCAUAAUAUUUACAGCUGCAUUUGAGAUGGAUUUAUAUAUAUUUCGAAAAUCAUUUUGGCAGGUGGUAAUUCUGUCAGUUCCUGGAUUUUUGAUGAAUUGUGCUUUCCUUGGAUGGAUAACUUAUAAAAUUAAUAAAUAUAAUUGGUCUUGGGAUGAUAGCAUGUUGUUUGGCAUAAUUCUUAGUACAACAGAUCCUAUCCUUUCUGUGGCCUCUGUAAAAAACCUUGGCCUUUCAAAAAUAGUUAUCAACUUAAUUAAAGGUGAAUCUUUGUUUAAUGAUGCAACUACAGUAAUUAUUUUUGAAUUGUAUAAAGACCUCAUAAAUCAGAGCCAUCAAGAAGUAGUUCAAGAGAUUUUUUUAAAACUGUUUUUAAAAUUUUUUGCAAGUGCUGCAUUUGGAUUUUUGAGUUCAAGGAUAGUUCUUUAUUGGUUGCAACAUAUUUUCAAUGAUGGAAUAAUUGAAGUAGUUUUAAGCUUCUCCAUGGCAUACAUAAUUUUUUUUAUUGCUGAAUGGCUUGGCAUGUCUGGAGUUAUAGCUCUUUCUAUUCUGGGCCUUCUUUUAGAUUCGGUAUCCUUUAGUCCAGGAAUGGAUAUUUUUCUUUAUAAGUUUUGGUCUAUGCUGACUUUUUUGGCUCACAUUAUUAUAUAUCUCAUAAUAGGAAUUGUGAUAGCUCAAAAAACAUUUCCAAAUAUAAAUUCUCGUGCUUUUUUCUACAUUGUAACAGUCUACCUUUCACUGAAUCUUGUAAGAUUUUUAGUUAUUUUGACAUUGAGUCCUUUUUUGAGUCGACUCGGCUAUGGAUUUAAUUGGCGUUGGGGAGCUAUUAUUGUUUGGAGUGGAAUGAGAGGCACUUUUACUUUGAACAUGGCUCUUCAAAUUAGCCAGACAGAAAGUGAGACUCCAGCUGAGGCUAGCAUUAAGAAUCAGAUAUUAAUGCAUUCUGGAACAGCAUCACUGUUAACCUUGAUUAUUAAUUCAACCACUGUGAGGACGCUGGUUAUAACCUUAGGGCUUUGUAAUAUUACUCUUCCAAAGCGUAUGGCAAUGUUUAAUGCUAUUCAACGUAUUAGAAAAAUGGAGGCCAACACUUUUGCAAUGUUAAAACUUGAUCGAUUUUUGGCUGAUGCAAACUGGGCAAUGGCAGAAAAAGCAAUCAAAAUAGAUUAUCCUUAUAGAGUAAAAGAAAUUAAUCAAUUGGUCAGAUUACUUAGAUGUCCAGAAUGCAAUGCAGAUAUUACAUUUGAGAGAGAUCCUGAACAAAUUGCUGAAAUGUUCGAGGAAGCCAGGUUACGUCUCUUAACUGCACAGAUAGCUAGUUAUCAGAAGCAAUAUAACAGUGGAAUGCUGAACCAAGAUGCUGCACAAAUAUUGAUAGGUGCAGCAGAAAGCUAUGUCGAUAUUAAUGGAAAGUUUAUGAAUAUUCAUGAAGUAAAAACUUAUUGGGAAAGCAAAGGCAUAUUGGUCACAAUUAAAAACUGGCUAACUGAAUGGGUUCACAGUGUGAAAGAGGAAAGUUUUAAGCCAUCAAGAAACAGGAUUAUGAAAAUAUGUUACCAAUUAGUGACAAUGGAGGAAUUUGAAUAUAUAUGUUUCACGGUAACCCUUUUGAACUGUUUUCCAAUUGCUCUUUACUUCAUACUUUCUACCGAUACACCAUUUUUUCCACAACUAAAAAUGUGCAACUAUUAUUUUCUGGCUUUGUACAUACUGGAAGCUUUAUUGAAGAUAUCUGUAGUGGGAAGGAACUAUUUCAAUCAUCAUUGGAACCAGUUUGAUGUAUUAAUCAUAAUCAUUGGAAGUGUAGAUGUUGUAAUUAUCAAUAUCGUUAACUCAGUUAGCCCAACGUAUGCUAUUAUUUAUGUUAUCAGAAUAUUACGGUUUCUUCGUGUUGUAAGAGUUCUGCGUCUCUUUAAGGUAAUGAUACCAAAAAUGAUUUUCUUGUUGAAUAAACAAAUAAACAAGCAGCUUACUUUUCGGUAUGAUAUUGCCAAAGGAUAUGUUCAAGGUGAAGAAGAUGUAAAAAGUUUAAUUGGACAGAUAGCUGGUCACGAGAAAGUUUAUGUUGCAAUUAGCAAAAUUUUGGAAAACAACAAACAAGAAGCCAUGAAAGAGUUAGGAUUAAUGCAGCGUGACUAUCCAGAUAUUGUCAUUGCUGUGAAAACCAAACAAGCAGUUCAAACGGUGCUAAAUACAGCUUUUGAAACUCUUAAAUUUAUGAUAUCAGGAGGAAUUGUGGAUAAAAAUGAAGGAAAUGAAUUACAUAAGGUGAUUCUUUUAAGAAAACAACAGAUUGGAAAACUUCCCCCUACAAUUGCCCCACCUACUGCACAUGACCUUCUAUGCAAUAUUGUGUGGCUUCAGGGUAAUAAAAAACAGAUAGAAUAUAUUCAGAAAAAAGCAGACAUUCUUUAUUAUGAUUAUGGAGAUAACAUAUGUGAAGAAGGUGAUAUGCCACAAGGAAUUCAUUUAAUUGUAUCAGGGAUGAUUAAGCUUUCUGGCAAAGCCCCUUCUUAUGGAGUUUCUAAAGAAGUUAAAGAUAAUCAAAAAGAGGCUGACAAAAAUAUGCAUGAAAGAAUUCGUAAACCUGUUACCUCUUACUACACAGAUUACUUAGUGACUGGAGCUAUAAUAGGAGAGCUCAAUUGCUUAACUAAGCAAGAAAUGGAAUUUGGAAUUGUUUGUGAAACUGCUGUGCAGACAUGUUUCAUUUCUAUUGAUGAUUUGUUUGAAGCUUUUGAUACAUUUUUGGACCCACCUUCCCUGGAAUAUAAAAUAUGGUUAAAAAUUGCUCUUGAUGUUGCUCUCAAAGCCUUUAAAGAAAUUCUUCCAAAUAUGGAUUGGUCAUACAGAAUGUGUAUGCAGUUUUCUAAUACAUAUGUCGUGGAUGUACCAAAUCACACUAAAUGUGAUAUUUAUGAUGAAGCUAUGGAUGAGGUAAUUCUUGUACAUGGAACUGUGCAGGAUUGUCAGUCUGGGGAGCAUUAUUUGGCACCAUUCGUUUUACCCAAAACCUGCCAUCAGGUACAAGGUACUUCAGCUGCAACAAAAUUAUUAAUUAUACGAUCUGAAGAAAAAGGACAGCGGAAGAGCACAGGAACAACUAGUAGUAUAUGCCAGUAUCACUCGAGAAAAAGAUUUGGUGAGGAGGAACUUGAAAUCCUUGAUAUCAGAGAAUUUAAUUGA